UGGGCAUACUUAAGUUACACGCUACUUUCAAGAUCUCGCUAUUGGCGUCCGAGAAGUGAAGUGGUGAUCACGAUGAUUUUACAACUGGUGGUGUGUUUCUUAUUUGUCAGUUUUGCACAAGCUGGCCCUAUCGAUCAAAGCAAGAUCGUCAAUGGUACGGAUGCGGAAAUCGAAAACUAUCCAUUUGUUGUGUCUCUUCGUGGUUCUACUGGUGGACAUUCGUGCGGUGGCAGCAUUUUGAAUAAACUCUGGAUUCUUACGGCUGCCCACUGCGUCGACUAUACCACACCGCUCUACCAAACGGUGCAGGUGGGCAGAACCAACAUUUCGCGAACUGAAGACGAGUCCAUAUUUGCGAUUGAGGAUGUUGUGAUCCAUCCGAACUACAAUCCGUCGGACAGCUACAUCGAUGAUAUUGCUCUACUAAAGCUGCGCAAGCCUCUGGUGUUCAGUGAACAGGUGCAACCUGUUCGGUUACCAAAACGAUUCUUCGAGAUUGAUACGCUACAAUCUGAUAUAGUGACACUCGUUGGAUGGGGCCGGAACGCUUCGGAUGGGCCAGUGCAGACAACUUUGCAACAGAUCGAUUAUUAUGCUGUGCCAAAUGAUCAGUGCAAUCAGAUCCACAGUAACCACAUCUAUCCUUCCCAAAUUUGUGCAGCCGAGCCAGGCGGUGGAAAAGGACAAUGUAGUGGAGACUCUGGUGGACCGUUGAUGUACAAACAGUUCCAAGUAGGCGUUGUAUCUUGGAGUAUCAAGCCGUGUGCCAUCGCUCCAUAUCCCGGAGUGCUCACAAAGGUUUCAUACUAUGUGGAUUUUAUCAAUCAGCAUACGAGCGGAUAUAAUGCCUGA